GUGCACGUCCCCAUGGUGCAGACCGUGAUGAAAGAGAUUGAAGUGCCCCAGAUUCAGUACGAAGACGAGAUCAUCCCCAUUCCGGUCCAGAAGCAGGUCCAGGUUCCCAUGGUGCAGAAGGUGCAGGUCCCUGUGGAGGUUCCGCAGAUCCAGUAUGAGGACCAGGUGGUCCAGGUUCCUGUGCAGAAGCAGGUCCAGGUCCCCAUGAUCCAGAAGGUGCAGAAGAUCGUUGAGGUGCCCCAGAUCGAGUACGAGGACCAGAUCGUGCCCGUCCCUGUGCAGAAGCAGGUGCAGGUGCCGAUGAUCCAGACCGUUCAGAGGCAGGUGGACGUGCCGCAGAUCCAGUACGAGGACCAGGUUGUCCAUGUCCCUGUCCAGAAGCAG